GGGGCUGUUUACUAUUGAGAGGUUGACAUUAGGCUGCUACCGGCAAAGUUGGAGCUUUGAUAUCGAGUUUAGAGGGCACCGAGGGCACCUGUUGAACGCCGAAGUGACUACUCAAGCAAAUGUAUGCAUCGCCAAAUUCUGGAGCUGUGCGCCAUCGGAUCCCGUCAAUCUGCAUACAGAGUGCUGGGUAUUUUGAUGCCACCCACUUUGCCCAACGGUGCAACAUCAGUUUCAAGGUUGCCAGCGGUUUGGCGCUGAUUCCUCAAUAUUUUUGUUGGUCGGAGAGACAUCGCCUUGGUUGCCGAUCGCAGGACACUAAUAAAGACUUCUCUGAUGAAAGUUCUGAGGAAACGGACGCAACACCCAGGAUCCAACUGUGGCGUUGUUUGAUGGAGUCAGAGUAUCACACCUUAGGAAAUUUGUCCAAAUCACUUCAUUUGAGCGCUGCAGCUCUGAGACUUCACUUGGAACAUGUCAUGAAGCAGGCGCAAGGCCUCAAAAAGAAGUCCCUGAAUUGGCGAGAAAGACGACACAUUCCGCCAGAUUGUGAUGCGAGCAGUGUUCGACUAAAGGUUUUUCCUUCAACGUGUCCUUCGUGCGACUGGGAGGCCAAGAGCGCGGCCAAACGUAUCAUGGGUGUCAAGGUAUGCAAGAGAUGUGGCAGUCGAGCAAUGUCUCCUGUGUUGCUUUCAAUGGUUUGCAAGAAGAUCCAACACGGUCCAGGAAACAACUCCUGACAAAGUACUUUGGCUCUUCAUAGUUGGCCUUGAACUUGAGCGGUUGUCGCGGAACAGAAGAAGCAUGAAGAAGUCAUACCGAACUGUUGGGG